GGCUCAAGCGAGACAGGGGGGGUGACGUUCCACGGCGCGCGCUCGCUCGUGCGGGCGGGCGAGUGCUUCCAUGCAGAAGUGCGCAAACCCGGAGUGCGAGUACGCUGCGAAUCCCGACCCCUCGGUGUCUGUGGGCUACUGCUGCGACAAGUGCGAGGGCCGCCACAACGGGGAGGAGAGUGGGCGUUCGAGGGGAAGAAGAAGCACACCGCCUACUGCACCAGCAAGUACGACGACUCCUCCUACGCGCAGGGCGGCGGCUGCUGCGGGCCGGCCAGCUGGACCAGCGCCCCGAAGGGCAUGGGCAAGAGCCGGAGGAAGUGCGCGCACCCGGAGUGCACCUACGUGGUGAACAGCGACCCUUCGAUCAGCACGAACUACUGCUGCGAGAAGUGCGAGGGAGUCCACCAGGGGGCCGACUGGGCGGAAGGGGGCAAGCGCCACUACAAGAGCUGCGAGAAGAUCGAGGUCGGCUCGCCCGAGGCGGCAGGCUACGGGGGAGGAGGCUGGGGCUGCGCCGGCGGGAUGUGCAAGGGCGGCAAGAAGGGCUGGGAAAGCGCCUACGACCCAUACGCGAUGUGGGCCAUGUGGGCCGGCAAGGGCGCGAAGGGAGGCAAGGCUUGGGGCAAGGGCUUCGAGUCCUGGGGCAAGGGCGGCGGCGGCGGCAAGGCGCGCACGGACAGCGGGCUGAAGAACCACCCCGCCGAGAACAAGGUCUGGGUCGGGGACCUGCCCGAAGGCAUCACGGCUGAGGACCUGACGGCCCACUUCGGCCUCGCGGGCACCGUGAAGCUGGCGGCGCUGAUGAAGACCGGCACCGCUGGCCUAGCCUUCUCGGACGCGACCGAGGCCCAGGCUGCCGUUCUGCACCUCAACGGCACGGAGAUCGGCGGGAAGACUAUCCAGGUAGACGUCUGGACAGGCAAGUGACUUCCUCCUUCUUCUUCUUCUUCUUCUUCUUAUUCUUCUUCUUGUUUUUCUUCUUAUUCUUCUCCUUGCCCUCCUUCUAUCCUUCUCCUUACUCAUCUUUC